AUUAUCAGCGGGAUCUUGAGACAGCCUCCUUUCCCUUACCUUUGCUUGGACGCCUUCUGUGUUUGCGGCAUCACAUCCCUCGUACGAUAGCAGGUUUCCCGAGAAAAGGGAGAUCCUAUUUCAAUAGUCCUACUGACCAGAUCGCACACAAUGGCGAACGAGGAGGGAGACCGCGAAACGCGUGAGGUUCGGAACCACAUACUGUUCGAGAUCGCGACAGAAGUCGCGCACAGAGGUAUGCAUUUACGAGGGGCUAUAGUGGUAUUGCAGACCAACUGACUGGCUGGCGUGCGUCGUAGUCGGUGGCAUUUACUCCGUCAUCAAGUCCAAGGCGCCAGUAACCACAGCCGAGUAUGGCGAGCGCUAUACCCUCAUCGGGCCUCUCAACCACCAGUCCGCUGCUGUCGAGGUCGAGGCGAUGGAGCCCACCAUCCCCGAGCUCGCCGAGACGAUCCAAUCAAUGCGAGACCGCGGUAUCGGUAUUCUGUAUGGUCGCUGGCUGAUUGAGGGCGCACCCCGGGUGCUGCUGUUCGACACGAAGACGGCUUACGGCUACAUGAACGAGUGGAAGGCUGAUCUCUGGAAUGUGGCGUCCAUCCCCUCCCCGGAUAACGAUGAGGAGACCAACGAGGCCGUGGUCUUCGGCUAUCUUGUUGCGUGGUUUCUCGGCGAGUUCGUGUGCCACGAGAAGAAGAAGGCUGUUAUCGCGCACUUCCACGAGUGGUUGGCAGGUGUCGCACUGCCUCUGACGAGGAGGCGACAGAUCGACGUGACGACCAUCUUCACUACACAUGCUACGCUGCUGGGCCGUUACCUGUGUGCCGGCUCCGUAGACUUUUACAACAACCUGCAGUACUUUGACGUCGACGCGGAGGCCGGUAAGCGCGGCAUCUAUCACCGGUACUGCAUUGAGCGGGCUGCCGCGCAUUCAUGCGACGUCUUCACCACGGUCUCCCACAUCACGGCCUACGAGAGCGAGCACCUGCUCAAGCGCAAGCCCGACGGAGUGCUGCCGAACGGGCUCAACGUAACCAAGUUCUCGGCCGUCCAUGAGUUCCAGAACCUGCAUCAGCAGUCCAAGGAGAAGAUCCACGACUUUGUGCGGGGCCAUUUCUACGGCCACUACGACUUCGACCCGGAGAAUACCCUCUACUUCUUCACGGCAGGGCGGUACGAGUUCAGGAACAAGGGUGUCGACAUGUUCAUCGAGGCGCUUGCCCGCUUGAACCACCGGCUCAAGGCGUCCGGCAGCAAGAUGACGGUCGUCGCCUUCAUCAUCAUGCCCGCCCAGACCUCGUCGUUGACGGUCGAGGCGCUCAAGGGCCAGGCCGUGAUCAAGAGCCUCCGGGACACGGUGGACACGAUCGAGAGAAACAUUGGCCGGCGCAUCUUUGAGCGCUCACUCAAGUGGCACGACGGCGACCCGAUGCCGGACGAGAAGGAGCUCAUCUCGAGCCAGGAUCGCGUUCUGCUCCGCCGGCGCCUGUUUGCCAUGAAGAGACACAGCCUGCCGCCCAUUGUCACGCACAACAUGGUCAACGACCACGACGACCCGAUCCUGAACCAGAUCCGCCGGGUGCAGCUCUUCAACCACCCCAGCGACCGGGUCAAGAUCGUGUUCCACCCCGAGUUCCUGAACUCGGCCAACCCGGUGCUGCCGCUCGACUACGAGGACUUUGUCCGGGGCACCCACCUGGGCGUGUUCGCGUCUUACUACGAGCCCUGGGGCUACACGCCGGCCGAGUGCACCGUGAUGGGGGUGCCGAGCAUCACGACGAACCUCUCGGGCUUCGGCUGCUACAUGGAGGAGCUCAUUGAGAAUUCGAGCGACUAUGGAAUAUACAUUGUGGAUCGCCGCACCAAGGGAGUGGACGACUCGGUCAACCAGCUCACGUCGUACAUGUUCGACUUCACCCAGAAGAGCCGACGGCAGCGCAUCAACCAGCGGAACCGGACGGAGCGGCUCAGCGACCUGCUCGACUGGAAGCGAAUGGGCAUGGAGUACGUCAAGGCCCGUCAGCUCGCGCUGAGGCGGGCGUACCCCAUGUCGUUCAACGGGGAGGAGGAGGAGGACUACAUCCCGGGUGUCGACCAGAAGAUCUCUCGGCCCUUCUCGGUGCCCGGCUCUCCUCGAGAUCGUACCGGAAUGAUGACCCCGGGCGACUUUGCCAGCCUCCAAGAGGGCCGCGAGGGUCUGAGCACCGAGGACUACGUUGCAUGGAAACUCCCUGAGGAGGAGGAUCCUGAUGAGUACCCGUUCCCUCUCACCUUGAGGACCAAGACGGCCGCGGUAACAAGCCCGCCCGGCGGUCUUCCAGUCAACGGCAACUGAUCGCGUACUCGACUUGGCGGGUGCCGACGGAUUUUUUUUUUUUUUU